GGAGCCUCCACGAACAAAACAAUUGCAAUGUCGUUCAGGAAGAUUGAUAUCGAUGCUUACGAGGAGGACGUCGUGACUGCUGAUGACCUUUACCCUCCGAACCCGCUGUCGCCGGAUCAGGUCGACGCAGAUGUCCAGCAACGCGCUCAGGAAGUCAGAGCGCUUCUGUCGAGAGGUGACGCCGCUUCCGCCCUUCCCCUAAUCCUCCAGUCUCCACCAUACGGUCCAGCACCCUACGCCCAAGCGAAAGAAGUCCAUACCACGACCGUCAUGGAAACACUAAACUCCAUCAAGGGCUCCGAGAUCGCAGGGUUGCUGAAGGGUUUGAGCAUCGAGGAGCAGGAUACAUUGAUGAAGUAUCUAUACAAGGGAAUGGAGAGACCAGAAGUGUUCAAUUCGAGUGUUUUACUGAGCUGGCAUGAAAAGUUGGUGGAGGUUGCGGGAAGUGGAUGUAUUGUGCGUGUGGUUACGGAUCGGAGGACGGUAUAGACGG